CUUUCAUUGGAGGCCUCUGAGUCUUCCACGUACUUGUCGAUUCGAGCCCAAAGUUGGACACCUCGACAUCAGGUAGUCGUUCUAUCACCAAAGCCUAUAGACCUGGAGACCAUGUUACAAGACCGAAACACCAAAGAGUGGAGCCAGUCAUCCACAUGUUCGUCACUUCUCAGUUCACCACCUUCUACUGCAAACAGGUCUAACCAAUAUGGGCUCGACCAAUUCCCGUCAUAUUCAGCCCCUGUCUCCAUUUGGCAUAGUGCCAAACAAGCAGACGCCUUCGUGAUUUGCCUUAAGGCGAGUCUUACAAUCACGGUGACCUGUUCUUUAGAUUCAUCAACGAGUGAACAGACGAGAAAUUCCAAUGACACUCAACCCCUUAAUAGGAUAUCUUCAUCUCGGAGCCAAUCGAGUUCACAGGACUGGGGGCGAUCAAGUGAACAGAAUCAGCUCACCGUCGAUCUUCUUCUAGUCAUUACGGAUGAGGACGAAUUUGAACCACAGUUUGUGCGCCCUUUUCAAAAGUAA